GAUCCGGGGAACCCCGACCCGGGAUCUGCCGGGAACCCUGACCCGGGAUCCGCGACAAGGCGACAGCCCCGAGCGCGGCCCACCGCCCGCCGCCGGAACUACACUUCCCAGCGUGCCCCGCGGCGCGGCGGCGGGUGGGCCAGUGGCUGCGCGGAGCCGUUGUUCCUGACAGGCGGCGAGCGACGUGGCCAUGGGGAGCCUGGGGGGGCUUCUUGCCCUCCGGGACGCCACCUUCCUCCUCCUCCUGCUGCUUCUCGGCCCCGCUGCAGCCUCCCCUGUGCUGCGCGGCCACCUGGCGAAGGGCAACGAGAGACCCAUCAUUGGGAUAUUGUCACAGGAAUGCCACUUUGACAAGUUCCACAGAUUUGGAAAUUCUUAUAUUGCAGCUUCGUAUGUGAAGUUUUUGGAAUCUGCUGGUGCCCGAGUUGUGCCAAUAAGAUUAAAUCGUUCAGAUGAAGAAUAUGAUAAACUAUUCCACUCCAUUAAUGGGGUACUUUUUCCAGGAGGUGGUGUGGAUCUUAAGACUUCAGAAUAUUCCAGGGUUGCUAAGAUAUUUUACCACAAGGCAUUAGAGGCUAAUGAUAAAGGAGAUUAUUUUCCGGUAUGGGGAACAUGUCUCGGACACGAAGAGCUUACAUAUCUCACAAGUGGCGAAGUUUUACUUGUUAAUACCAAGACAAAUGGUUUUGCACUCCCUCUGAACUUUACCUCAGCUGCAAAAAACAGUAGAUUAUUCAAGAAUUUCCCUGAUGAUGUAUUACAUGCAUUUGCUACUAAGCCAUUGUCAUCAAACUUCCAUAUGUGGAGCCUCUCCAUGAAGAAUUUCACAAAGAAUGAAAAGCUUCGUAAUUUCUAUAAUGUUCUGACCACUAACACCAAUGAUGAAGUGGAGUUUAUAUCUACCAUGGAAGCAUACAAAUAUCCAAUUUAUGGUGUUCAGUGGCAUCCAGAGAAAAAUGCUUUUGAGUGGAAGGAUUCACCAGGCAUUCCACAUUCCCCAUCAGCUAUAAGAGCAGCGUAUUAUAUAGCUGACUUCUUUGUUAACGAAGCCCGGAAGAGCCUGCACCAUUUCCCCAGUGAAGAUGAGGAAACAAAAGAAUUGAUUUAUAAUUAUACUCCAGUUUAUACAGGAACAUUUUCUUCAUUUCAGCAAAUCUAUUUUUUUGAUUGAAUGUCAUGUCAAAGGUGCAGUGUUGCUAUUUAUAAAUGUAGUUAUUUGUCAGCAUUGUGUAAUUAAGCUGACAUAGAGCACUGCACGUGACAGAAGGCCAGAAGAGUUCUCUUCCUUUACAAUGAUUUAUCCUGUGUUUCUUUUGCACUGUUGGACCAUUAAUAUAAAAAUUUACAUUCAAUAACAUGGUAAUUGUCUUGGAUCACACUUUAAGGUAAGCUACAGAAAAAUGCAUUUUUCUUCCAGGGAAGAGGUCUUGAUUUUGCUUAUAAACUUGGAAGUAAUAAUGUUUAGUACAAGGAAAAAACACUGUAUUCGUAUAUUUUAAAAGAUGAGAGUUAUCUUUGUAAAAUGUUGUGCACUAUGAUAGCACUAGAGGCUUAGGUAUGUUGCUUGGUAAAAUCCUAUCCUUUUCAAAUUAUUUAACACGUGAGACUCUUGGGUUUGUUGUAAAUAUGUGUAUGUAACCAAGUUCUUGACAGGGACUAUUUUGUCUUUUGAAAAAUUGACCAAAAUAGUAAGGAGGCGUGAUAGCAAAGAGACAUUUUAGACUAAAAAGCACAUUAUAUCUCAUUUGUGAAACUGUUUCUCUUGUACAUUCAGCAUUGUUUGGAGUGUUUAUACCUUGUGAUAUCUACAGAAAUAUGAGGAUGCACUGAAACUGAAGUCAGCAGACAGAUAUUAUUAUGAGAUGCAGAUGUCUGGGUUUUUUUAUUUAAAAUAAUGUAAACCUAAUUUUUUUAUUACAUAGUCUGAUUUUUCCUGUAGCUACUGGAUAGAACUCUCACUUUGAGUCUGGAGAUAGUUUACUACUAACUUAGUAAAGGCAGUAGUUUCUGUCUUGUUGGAUAGUUUAAUGCAGCUGGAAUUCAAACAGCAGUUCAGUGUAUACGAGAAAACUAUUAACAUUGACAUAAUGUGAUAAUAGCAGUUGCAUUCAAUACACUGUGAUACCUUUAUUCUUUUUGUUUGCUUUGUUUUGCUGCACACUUAGUAAAAAUUUUGUUCAGUGGUUUUAUGUGGUGUCCAAAAAGGGACUAAGAUGAAACUCUCCUCUAUUGCACAGCUCCCAAACUCUGUUAACAUCAAUAGGGUUUUGGAGUUUAUGAAGAAUUCAGGUUUGUAUCUCAGCUGUGUUUUGUAGUGCUUUAUACUCUGAAGUACCACAUCUGAAUAAAGCUGAUAUGUUUCUCAGGUUUUUCAAGUAAAAGACGCUCUACUUGUUGUUCAUUGUGAAACAACUGUGUAAGAGAAUGUGAAAUGCAUUAGUUAAAAAAUUAUAACAUCAACUGUGACUAACAGAAAGGCACUACCAGUUAAUUACAAGCUUAAACGUGAUAUUGCAGACUACUUCUACAUUUGUCAGACCAGCCAAAUUUAGUAAAUGGAACUAGUUUUUAAUAUAAGUGACUUUAUUAACUAUAUUAGCUGACUCCUGAGUAGAACCAAGUGUAAUAAGAGGAUUAUGUUCUACAGUUGCAUAUGAAUGGUGCACCGAAGAAACCAAGUCCAGUCUUCUAUUUUUUGUUCAGGCUGAGUUCUUUGCAAUAGCUGUAAGAAUUUGCUGAACUAAAGAGGGCAGGAUUUAGCCUUAAAAACAGGGAUCAAUCUUGCAAGUGAAAUGUCUGCUAACUGCAAUGGUAGCAACUAGUCUUUAAGUGUGUAACUAUAAGGAGUCCUGUGUGUAAUACAAUGAGAAAACAGUGUGUUUAUCAUGAAUUUGUAUGUUUCUUUCCUUUAUAUCCUUUGUCUUGAAAGCCUUAGUUGAUAGAAUCCAUGAUUUUUCUAUGAUGCACAAAAUAAACUUUUAUUCAAGCA